CCGCCACAUAGUCAACAUGUGCUCUCGACAAGAAUUAGAAUAAUAAAAAUUCUUGUGCAAAUUUAUUUCCUGUUGUUUGAUUUGAGAUUGAGACGUACGAGAAAAUAUUGAUCUUAGAUAUUCAAGGUGAAGGAAAUUUAUGGCAUCAACUUCGACUCUAGCAAUGGAAUCGCAACCGGAAGUACAAACUGUGGAACAGAUCGCACUAAGUAAUCCGCUCAUUUUGACGCAAAUAUUAAAACAUGCCGAAAUCCCGUUGAAAUCUUGUCGACUCGUGAGCCAAUUUUGGAACGAAAUGGUUCUCUCCCUGCCAAAUACGAGACUAGCAUUAGCAUUAGACCUGGAUCCUAAUCCUCACGAAAAGCUAAAACGCAGUAAAAUUCCAUUUUCCGAAUUGUGUUCCUCAUUAGUAGACGCUCGACUUGUGAAAAGUAUUAUUUGUCUCGCUUGGACGAGGACGGAUUCUUUCGUACCGAAACUAAUCCAACUUUGCGACAAAUUUGGCGACACCGUGGAAAUUUUGGAACUCAGCAUCGCUCAUGAAACCAGUCUACAAUCGGUGUAUCAAGUUCUGAAAAAUUCCUGCCCGAAUUUGAAACAAUUGCGAAUUUGUGGCUCAUAUUUCCAGAGUUCAACCGAUCUUAUUCCAGCAGGAGAAAUUAUGCCGGUAAAGCAAAAGUUGACAUUCUUCAAAGUCACAUCGACACGAAUUUCUGCGCUUCUUACCAGUUUUAUUGACGUGGUUAUCAACGCCUCACCAAAUUUGAAGGGGGUCACUCUUCAGUUUGGAUUCUGUCCAAAUUUGUCAAAUUCCAAAUGUCUCGAGUCCUUGACAAUCGCGCUGGAUGACGUUGGCUCAUAUGGCAUCGCCCAAGCGAACGAUAAGCUUUCAGAUCUGAUCCGCAAUCUGGAUCAAGUGAGCGACCAACUUGUCAAACUCAAACUUCGCCAAGUCAACAAUGCCGGACCGACCAACUUGGACAAGACAACGAAUUUCGAAAAAACUCAAUUCCGCUUGCCCAAGAUGUUGAAACUCCAAACGUUCUGUAACGACAUGACCGACAUUUUUCGGUGUGACGAUCUCUUGCCAAAUGUCGUACCCAAUCUGAAAAGUCUUGCGAUUGGGAAAGCAUUUGAAAAAGGGAAAUGUCUUGAUGAAAUUUUGCAAAAUAUUUGCCCCUCGAAGAAGACUUUGACAAACCCAAACCUGAAGAAUUUGGAGAUCGGGGAGUUUCACGACCCCAAACUUUUGAAAAGAUUGGUGACUGCGUUUCCGAACGUGGAGGAGUUGAAGAUGUACGCGUUCAACAAGACGGAUUCCCGAGGGAUGAAGAGCGGCAUGGAGUUGGGCGCUGUGCUCAAGGCAUGUGGGGAUUGGAAGGCGUUGAAACAUUUGGAAUUGCGUUUGCCAAAGUAUCCAGAACCAUUUGGGGAUAUUAUCAAGGCUAUCUUGAAAGAAAAGGAACUAUUUAAUCAGCUUAAAACUUUGAUCCUUGUGACGUUCAACUUUUGUCGAGAGCCGUACGAUUUGUCAGAGGACGAAAUGGAUUUGUUCAAGCAACUCCUCAUCGCAAUGGGUGGAAUGGACCGGGUCAACAUUACCGAGCUUUGUUUUACCAAAGAAUCGGCGGAAAGUAUUCACGCCUUCAUGGCGCUGAACGAAAUGCCCGUGUACAAGUUUUCUGUCGUCGAAGUCGUGCCAGAAGAGACGGAGAUGACUGGGAUGAAGACAGCGACUAGGAUGACGAAUAAUUGUAAGAUUAUGACAUGAGAGAGGGGGGGGGCAGCCGCAUGGAAUUCGAUCUCGCGGAUGAUUGGCGGGCGUACAGCGAUAAUGACAGCGAUUAGUUUCAUUUCAAGCGUUUCCAACUUUUUGUAGCAUGUAAAAUGAAAUGCUGUUCCGGAAAAUUUAUAAAAUAAUAAUAAUAAUGGAGUAAAAUUGAUACUCCUUAAUUAAAGUGUUAAAUAGUUAAUUAUAUUUGAAAUUUCUCGGAAUUUCUUUUUAUGUUUAAAGUUUAAAAAUUUUGAAGUGUUUAUUAAUUUGUAGUGAAUUAAAAUGCGUCUAAUAAAAUAUCUAGUAAAC